UUAUCUGUCAGCAGCUAGGGAUGCAGAGCCCCAGAACCCCUACACCGAUCUCCUUGACAGCUGGCAGGCUUCAUGGCCUCAGCAGGGGCUAGCAGGCCUGCAGCUUUCACCCUGCUGCGCCUUAAGACACACACAGUGUCACCCAUGUCAUGAGUCUUGCUUGUCCACAGCUUGAGAUGCAGUUUUCCCCAAACCCCUGCACUGAUCUUGAAACUUGGCAGGCUUUGUGGCCUCAGCAGGGCCUAGCAUUUCUGCAGUUUUGACCUCACUGUGGCUUAACACACACAUGUGACACAAGUUUUGCUUUCAAGACUUUGGGGUGAAGUUUUCCUGAACCCCUGCACCUAUCUCCUUGAAACUUGGCAGGCUUCGUGCCCUCAGAAGGGGAUACCAUUCCUGCAUAUUUCAUCCACAUCAGGCCAGAAAUGACAAAGUUGUAGGUUUUUUUGGCCUUCUCCAUUAUAUCCUAAGGGCAAAACAUCGGAACAGGGUCGAAACGGCAAAACUGUUUCGACUGGACAGAACGGAACGGAACGGAACGGAACGGAACAGCUAUUUCAAAUUGAAACAAAAUUCAAAAUGGAGCGCUGUUCCGUCGAAACACAAGUGGAAACAGAAUGGCGCAGUUUCGCACAGCCCUAGUAUGUAACUCUGUAAUAUAACAAAUAAUAAAGCAACAGUUUAAAUAUUUAUUUUGUAUUUUCCCAGGAUCCAUUUUUAACUUUCAUUUAGAUAGAUGGUUUUUUUUCUAAUAGUCAUAAGCAAAUAUCAUUCUUUAUAUUGUAUGCAGAUCUUAAUUACAACUAUCUUUCCCCAUAAAAGCUAGGAUUCCAGGGUGAAUGCAAAAUUUCCAAAAUACUUCCAUAAACAUUUGCUAGGCCCUUUCAUUUUAAACAGUCAGGAGACUCUUAUUUCAUCCAACAGGCAUAAAACUGAUUUUGUAUUUUCUAUCUUAUAAACACACUUUCUAAACAUUUUCAUUGGUGGAAAGAUGCAUUACAUAAUAAGUCAUAAUGUGACCCAGUGGCAAACCAAAUAUAUGGGAAAACAUUAACUGUUCUAAACCUUAUACAGCAAACUGGAUAAAAACUUUUGCAAAGCAAACAGUACAAAGUCAAAUUUAACUUUUACUGGUCCCAGCCUACAGGCUUGCUUAUUUCAGUUACUGGAUUACAUCCUUCAGAAAAGAACAAGUGAAACCAAAUUACUAAUCCGAAAGAGACCUACCACAAAGCAAGCAGAAAGAACCAAGAAAAAAAUUGAAUCAAAGACGAGCAGUUGUCUCUCAGAUAUGGUUCUGUACCAGAAACUGUUUCAAAUUAUUUGUGUACUGGGAAUUGGUGGAAGCUUCUCAUUUGGCUUCCAAAUUUCUAUGAUCACCUAUGCUUCUGUGCACAUCAAGAAAUUCAUCAAUGAGACCUGGCAGGAACGAUACCACUCUUUCAUUGAUGAGCAAAGCCUCACAUUACUGUGGUCAUCCAUUGUCUCUGCUAUUAGCAUUGGGGGGCUCUUGGGAACCAUCAGUUCAAGAUCCCUGUCCACAAAAUAUGGAAAGUCUGUAUCCAGUAAAAAGCAUUUUAAGAACUGUUCUAUAUGACAGGAUAGAAAAUUCUGGGUGAUUUGGAGAAAACAGUCCCUAUGGAAGGGAAGAAAAGUCAAUGUUCCUAGAUAUGCAGCCAUUAUUUCAUCCUAUCUACCCCAUUAACUUCAUUUUAUAUAUUUCAAAGACAGUUCUCUCUGUCCAUGUGUUCAGUCCAUUAUACUGAUUAAUGUCUUUGAUGAUAAGUAAAUUAAAAAUGAGAGAGGUUGUGAACUUAGUUCUUGUGCUCUGUACACUCAUACAAGAAACUAGAUUUUGAUUAAUCUUAGGGGUGCAACAGCAGGUCAGUCAGCUUCUUGAAGGGAAUACUUUGUGUUGUUUGACUUUCCAUCAUAUCAGUCAACUCAAGAAAGGCACUGACUUGCUUGCUCUAAAGGGGCUCCUGAUUAAUCCUCCCUGACCCAAAGGGUUACAAGGAUAAUUUUAAAAAAUGGAGAACAUCCUAAAUGUAUUGGCAAGAACAUUAUUGUCCAUUAAUAAAAAAUAUACAGAGGGAUCCUUAGUAUCUGUAUAACUCAACUGAGUUUAUUAUACUUGCCUUUAUUUGAUAAUCUUAAUUUGUACACAUGAAAUGACCAAGGGGAAAUUAUUUACACAUCAUAGGCAGUCACCCACUUUUGGGCCUGUAACUUUUCAAACACCAAAAUGGGAAGAGUCCAGUCUCACAAAUUGUAAAGAUCUAUCCCUGCAGUGUAACACAGGAACUAUCUAUUGUUCUGGACUUCUGCCCUUUUUACAGUGGAAAACAGAACAAGAAAUUUUAAAAAAUUGAAAUAUAUUUACUGUGUACACUGCUUUGAAGAUUAACAGAUUUUUAUGAGAUGGAAGAUAAGAUGAUUCUUGUGAGCUUUCUAGUUUAAAAAAAAUGCAUAUGCAGAGAUAAAAUACACAGGACUCAAAAUAUAAAUAAGCUGCAAAAAGAAAAAAAAAGAGACAUCCCAAAAAAUAAAAAAUUCUAGAAGGCAGAAGACUUUUAUGGAUCCUACUUUACUCACAAAGAGGUUAUAUAAUCUUAUUUAACCUUAACACUUCUCUGGCAAUGCAAUCUAAGCAACAGUGCUUGAAGUAGCCACCCACGCCCCAUACAAACAUAGCUGCUCUAAAUACUUUUUGGAUAUCAUUGAUAGCUUGCUUGCUACUAGAAUGAUAGCACAGCAAAUUUACCUUGUGUCAAACUUGAUUCAACAUGACUUUGCAGCUACAGGAUAGUCCAGAUAUAGCAGCAAGAGAUUCAACCAGUUAGGUGCACUUGGUUCUCUGACAAAGCAGAGCUACUGAGCCAGUAUGACAUGAAACAGAGGUUAUAUGGAACUCCAGGGCUUUAGCUGAUUUCAAAUGAAGUCUAAUACAUAUAUUUACAUCAAACUUAUGGGACAGGAUUUUUGCUUAGAUUUCCUGUAUUUUAAGAUUUUGGGAAGAUGACUUCUGAGGUAAAAGUUCAGUAUUGUGUUUAGAAACCAUUUAAAAUGUGCCUGCAUCACCAUCCUAAAAAUAAGAAAAACAGACCUCCCACGUUAAGGAUGACUAUGCGUAAAUUUGAGAAAGUAUCUAAUUAAAAUCUUUUCUUCUCUCAUUGACAGUAUGGGCCACAUGAUAUUUUCCCCCCAGGGGAUAUUAAACUCCCAGUAGCUUGUUUUCCUUCCAUUGUUGAAUUUUUAUGAAUUCUUGAGGGGGCAAAGAAUUCAUGGGAUUUCUACAAGUCAGAUUUGGUAGUCCUUCUGUAAAGAGAGGAGUCAUGCCCCCAAGGUAAUUAAACACCACAAGGAAAAAUUACCCAGUCUUCUUUUUUGGACUGACACUGGCAUAAGGAAUUAAGUCAGCCUGCCACGCUGAAGCUGCUGGCAUUGUUCUUUGUCCUCUGAGAAGGCAUAAGAAAAGGAGCUGGAGGAGCCACAAAAAAAUGAAAGGCAAAAAAAGAUAAAAAAGAAUUACAGGUCAUCAAAGCAGUAUAAUUCUAGGACUGCUGCCUUUUGCUGACCAACACCAACAUAAAUGGAGAUGAAACACAAAAUGAUUGAAGCAAGUAUGAAGAUCAUAAGUCAUCAAGAAUCCUGGCAAAACCCAAUCUCAGGAUCCAGUGCUCAGAAUCUUUUGUUUUGAAAUAAGGAAAAUUGACACAUUCAAAUGCUAGUAGAGGAUACAGGUUGUUUAACUGAAGUGUGCACAAAAGAUGGAGGCAGGGCAGUUGAGAAGAAAAUAAGCAACCUCUAAAUGAGGUCCUUCAUCAGCUGUGAUCAGAAAGAGCUGUUGAGUACAGCAUGGAUGGGUAUGCAGGGAUAGUGCAGGCUCGCCUUGCUGAAACUAAAAUCUCAAAACUAAAGUCUAAAGAGUUUCCACCAGAUGAACAGAUUCACAAGCGGGUAAAUCUAAUCUGUUGGGAAGUGUAUCUUGGAAGAAAUUUUCUUGCAAAACUUGUACUGCAGCCCAUACUUUACUACUUGAGUAACUCCUAGAAAACAAUGAAAAUUCACUUUAAGCUUCUAUCACACUAAGUUUGGUCACAAUUUAAGAAAUAUAAAAACAGCCUACUAACUACUAGGUCUCCUUUGCAAAUUUUGGAUUCAGUGUCAAGACAUCAUUUUUCAGUAUAUUCAGGGAUAAAAAGAGGACACUAUAAGAAAGCAACAGAGGUGGUGUUCCUGAUUUCAUAGAAGUCUCUUGUGUGCUGUUACAGAAAGAAAUGCCUAAUAUACAAUAAAUAACCUGACCAUGAUAGCAGCUGCAAUUCUCAUGGGCUUCAGUAAGAUGGCAAAAUCCUUUGAGAUGAUUUUGAUUGGACGUUUCCUUUGUGGUUUUAAUUCAGGCCUGGGUUGCUGUUUACAGGGCCAGUUCCUGGGAGAAAUUUCCCCUAAGCAGCUCCGUGGAUAUAUAAACACCAGUCUCACUGUCUUUGUAACCAUGGGAAAAUUCUUAGGGCAAAUGACAGGACUAAGGGAACUUCUAGGAACUGAAUCCUUGUGGCCAUUAUUGACAACGCUCACUGGAAUUGCAGCAUUAGUGCAGCUUGUCACUCUCCCAUUUUUGCCUGAGUCUCCACUUGAACUUCUGAUGCAAAAGGGAGAUACAGAAGGCUGCUUGAAAGCUGCCAAGCAGCUCUGGGGCAAAGAGGAUCGUCAAGCAGAGAUUGACAGCAUGCUGAAGGAGCAGGCUGCAAUGAAAAAUACCAAACUCAUGACUGUCUUGGAACUCUUGAAAGACCGAUCCUUGAGAUGGCAAUUUUACCUAAUGAUCAUCAUGGGAGUUACAUUACAGCUCAGUGGCAUCAAUGCAAUCUACUUCUACUCCUUUGAGGUGUUCCAUACAGCUGGGUUUGAUCAAGAACACAUCCCCUACAUAUCUCUGGGACUUGGGACCUGUGAGUUCUUCUCCUCCAUAUUGUGUGCUUUCAUCAUUGAGCAGUCUGGAAGAAGAAUGUUCCUGUUGUGUGGAUAUGGACUGAUGAUUUUGGUCUUGGCACUCCUCACAACAACUCUCACUCUGCAGCAUCAGUUCUUCUGGAUGCCCUACUGCAGCGUCAUUCUGAUCUUCUUAUUCAUUAUCAUCUUCGGAAAUGGACCAGCUGGAGUUACAUUCCCAGUUAUAUCUGAACUCUUCACCCAGUCAUCCAGAUUACCUGCAUUAAUGAUCUGCAUGUCUCUCCACUGGGCAGGACUCUGCUUAAUUGGGAUGGUUUUCCCAUAUGUAGUGAAGAACCUGGGUACCUUCUGUUUCCUUGUUUUUAUGGGAUUCAUUUCUGUCUCAUGGAUUUCCAUCUACCGGUUUCUCCCAGAAACAAAGAACAAAUCAAUAAUGGAAAUCAAAGCUGAAUUUCAUCAUUUAAAUUUUGGAAAGGCGUGCGCCCAGGUCACUGAAAACAAUCCUCCAGAGGAGUUUACUGCUUGCGCUAACGUCUGAUGUGGACAGAAGGGACAGGACGUGAUGUCACAUUCAGAUGUCUACAAAUCUAUGAAGUGUCAGCUUUAAUGAAUUUUACUGCUGUACUCCAUAUUCAUUUUAUGCAAAUGGUCUUCAUAGGAGAUCAUCCCCUGGUAUUCAGUAAUACAAAAUUCCUUGUCAGUAUCUCAUCGGCACCACAGUUGCCCAGCCACAUACAUUUCAAUUUAAGGUUCUACUUUACAAAAGCCAAACUGAUAUAUACAUACUUUUAAAGUCAUUCAAACUUUAACUCUGCCCAUGUAAUCCCAUCCUAAGGACAAGUAGGACAAUUUUGAAUGCAAUAUGUAUAUAACCACAUAUUUUAAAUAAUCAGUAAGUUGAUUACCUAAAGUAGUUAGUCUCAGUCAUUUUGCUUUAUGUCUACAUUAGCAGUGGACACAAAUCCAAAAUGGAUAACCUCCUAAACCAUACCAAAACUGGAGCAAUGUUAUGUUAAAACUACUAGAUUAUCACUUAGGUUUGUAUUUCUAGUUUGUAAGCCACUGUGAACAAACUUAGGUUUGCAAACCACCUUGGCUGGAGCUGAACACAACUAUUUAAAACUUAAUCCAAUGAUUGUAAACCCUGUCCAGCUGAUGAUAACUAGUUGAUUAGAACAUUUUUAUGAAAAGUCUGUCAUAAAUGCAAUUCAUCCAGGUGGGAUUUCUGCACAGAGUGGAACCUGAAUCAGUCACCUCCCAGGGGACUGCUUUACUCUCUGCAUCUAAAAGUAAGUCUCUCUUUCUCAAUUUAGAGAUACUCCACUUUGUAUAAAUAAUUAAAAGUUCAAAAGGCCUGAGGGGCCAGGUAUAGAAGUCAUCUGAGAUAUGGAAAGCCUGAAUGAGGCAAAGCAUGGACACAAACCUGGUUCUCACACAGCUCAGGCAAAUAAUAUAACCGUACCUUGUCCUGACCAUCCUAGGAUAUGUUUUCCAUUAAAUUUUUCAAAAAAAGUGUGGCCUUUAUUGAACAUUAAAGCAGAAUUAGGAUUUUGAAACCUUGGCUUUUUUCUUUGUAAAACAAAAUUUCAUUUUCUGGCCAGCCCUACUCUAUGAAAAACAUAUUAGUUGAAUCCCCAAAGUUCUCAGAAAUGUAAUGAAAAUGGCAUGGUGUAGCAAUACCUAACCAACUUUGUGCUGAGUCACAUCCCUGAUCUCAGUUACUUAUUAGAAGUUACUAGAACUGCCUCCCCCGCAGGAUCUUCAUCAGCAAGUGCAAAGAUGCCCUGUGGAAUAUUAAUGAACAAAAAAUCAGAACUGAAAUCAG